AUGAAAAAUUCUUGGCCUAUGAAAGAAUCAAAUCAAUAUUUAUCCAAAAUUAAUGAAAAUUUUGAAGAUGAUGUUGCUGCUAAUAAUCCAGUUUUCAAUGAUAAUAUACUUGUUCAUGAUAUACUUAUGGAUGAUACAAACACUGAUGGUGCAGAUGCUAGUGGUACAUUAGAUGAUGAUACACAUACUAUUGGUACAUUUGAUGAUGAUACACUUGUUGAUAAUUAUAUACUCGAUGACGAUGAUUAUAUUUAUAAAUUCAUAUGA